UCAAAAAGGAAAAAAGAAUAAGAUGCUUGGCCACCCACUAUGUACCCUUUAGGAAUUUUUGGACCAUUAUAAUAACACCUCUUUGCCUUCUCCAUUUUCUCACACACACACACACUAAAAAAAAGCUCUGUGAAUUAAUCGAUAAUGGCGGAUCAGCUCACUGACGAUCAGAUCUCGGAGUUCAAAGAAGCUUUUAGCCUAUUCGACAAGGAUGGAGAUGGUUGCAUCACAACUAAGGAGCUUGGAACUGUGAUGCGGUCAUUGGGGCAGAACCCAACUGAGGCUGAGCUUCAAGACAUGAUCAAUGAAGUUGAUGCUGAUGGGAAUGGGACCAUUGACUUCCCUGAGUUCCUUAACCUGAUGGCUCGCAAGAUGAAGGACACUGAUUCCGAGGAGGAGCUCAAGGAAGCUUUUAGAGUGUUUGACAAGGAUCAGAAUGGCUUUAUCUCUGCUGCUGAGCUUCGCCAUGUGAUGACUAACCUAGGUGAGAAGCUUACAGACGAAGAGGUUGAUGAGAUGAUUCGUGAAGCUGACGUGGAUGGAGACGGACAGAUCAACUAUGACGAGUUCGUCAAGGUCAUGAUGGCCAAGAGGCGAAUGAAGAUGGUACAAAGUACAAGUGUGAAACCAAUUUCACAGAGGAAUGGAAGAAAAGGCCGGAAGAGAGACCGAUGCAUAAUCCUUUGAUCCAAAGAAGGUUCUCUUUGGGAUCGUUUGGUUUGGGAACUAAGUUAUUUCAAAAUUAUAGUUCGUGAACUGGUUUAUCCCACUUGAAAGGUAGGUUGAAAUAACACCAAAUUCGAUGGGAUACUUAAAUUAAAUUUGUAAUUGAAUUUAUACUUUGUUUGAUCGAGGUGACUAAACGAAGUAUAAAUUUAAUUUCAAACUUAAUUCUGAAAUAUCCUAUCUCAUUCCAUGAACCAAAUGACUUGUAUUCUACUGUUGAAAAAAAAGAGAUUAUUAUAAGUAGCUUUGUGGGUCUUUAAUUUUCUUAUUAGCUUAUUGUAUAAUGUACUAGCCUUCAAAAUUAUUAAAUAAAAUUAUAAUGUUAUAACUGCUUGAAUUUUGCACCA